AUGCUGCGCAAUGGAUCUGUUGUAGAGCCGAGAGGUCGGUUUAAGAAAACCCACGAGGCUGCCAUCUGUGUUUCGGCUCGAGGAUCACAGGAGAAAGAGCGGGCACCCAGCGAGCAAGCUUCGAGGUGCUCGACAGGACGCAAAAGAAUAUUCAUUAAAUUCCACUCAAAAAAUACCAAAGAAGUAAUAAAGUCCGAGCGGAUCAAAAUGAUGGUUCCAAACGAAUCGCCAGCGGUUAAUACAAGCAAAACCGUUGCUGCCAACAGCAGGAUGGCAAUUGCUUUUUCUAUUUCCCUUUUGCUACUGAUCUUAUUGUGGCUCAAGCGCAUGGAUCUGGCGGUGGUACGAGCCUCAGGGCACCAUAAGGGGAGUUGCGAAAUCGAGCAAAGCGAAGGAAGAUCUCCCUGGCCUCCCCGGUCCACGCGCCGCUUGAACGUUACAAGGUUUUAUUCUAAGACUGGAGAACAAAGGGCGCCAGCAAGGUGA